CACAUCACACCAACGAACAACAUUCUCCGUUUGAGCUGCAUAAGUGGAAGGGAGACAACCCGCUGAUUGGCAUGCGUACUUUGCCUGGCCAGGGCAGAAACGAGUACAGCCAGCUUAUACACGUCGUUUUGCCAAAAGCGUAUCACAAGCAGCAAUGGAAAAAAUAUAAAUGUGAAAAAAAAAUUUCGUGAAGCGAGAACGUUUGGAAAAAGUUGAUAAAAUCCCAAACGCAAGCCUACGCCAUUGUCUAAUUGUAGGAUCUAAUAAUUGUUUAUCGGAACGGUUUUUAAUUCGAGAGGACGGGCUUGAGAGGAGUCUAAUCCCGCCGUAUCCUGAUUAAAGUGAGGCCGAAGGCGAUUACCUGUCUGGCCAAAUGCAGCUAAAGCCGGACUGGCUACGAGCAGCAGCAUUAGCAGCAUGGCACCAGCUCUCACAGCCGAGCCACUGAGUCCCAAGGAGAAGCUAACAAGCACUGCAUCUCCAGCUGCCCGCAACGAUAGCAGUGGAUCAGCCAUCGGAGAUAGUGCAUCAUCAACGAGAAAACCAUCGACACCAACGCCGGCAACGGCCACAACACGAGUCACUCGCUCGAAGAGUGCCAGCAGCACAUCGAUUGCCCAGGCGAACAAUAAUAAUAGCAAAAGGAAGACCGCCAAUAACAAUCGGACCAGCAGUAAUGAUCCAAUGGGCCUGAGUACAGCGCCCAUACAUGCCACCACCACAACAGCAACACCACAGCCGGCGGCAUCGUCAAAUACGGAUGUUGUAGCAUCUACCAGCCAAGAUCAUUCUCCGCCAACUGAGCAGAACAACAACGACAACAAGGAUAACUCCACGGCGCAACUUUUGGCCGAUCUGACGAGCGAUUUUGAAGAGGCAAUUUCGGCUGAGAUUUGUCUUCGGAAAACAUUGCCAGAGGUUAGCCUAAGUAAAGAGCCGACACCAUCAGCAACUGGUGGAACAAUAACAUCCGAUGCUGUGGCAGAUGUCGUCGUCUCAACAUCGUCGGGAUCUGGGAUUACACCGCCCAUGUUGGGAUUGUCCACAAGUAUAUCAGAUGUUUCAACGCCGCCGCAAUCAUUUGAGGAGAAGCUGCUAAAGCAAGAUGAUAGUUUCGAAAAACGCCUUAGCCUCUUGGAUGGGAGUUCUUCUGCCGACAAAAUCGUGGAGGCUCCUGGUCCAUCUGGAUCUGUCCACUCAACAGCUACUGUUCAGCCAACAACGCCCAGUAAACAGCAGCAGACAGCGACAGUGGCAGCAGCUCCAAUCCUCGCUUCGCCCCAGGGACGGCUUCAUCUCACUCCGCAGAGCACUUCCAGUUCAAUUAAUUUUCUUAAAGAUGGAGCUACUGCCGGCGUCCUCGAAGAUCCGGAUAUUGAGGAAGUGCUAAAGGCCCUUAAAACCCUCGAUGGUGGCCACGUAAAUACCGAUGCCAUCUGUGAUUUUAAUUUCUUCAGUGAAGAAUGGGAAGAUCCCGGCGUGGCGCCAUCAGCAGGUCCUUCUGUACCAUCUCAAAUACCAGCGAGCAUUGAGCCAGUUGACUCGAAGCCGAGCUGCAGUAGCAAUUCUCUAAGAACACAGUCGUGGGAAGAGAGUCACAAGGAGCUUCUUAAGACCCAGAGUUCGAUUUCGCGUCAAAUUGAUUUCUUGUUACGUCGCAUGGGCAAGUUCCAGGCUAGGCAAAUGUGCCGUCACAUUAGCGAGGAGGUUGCGGGAGUCUUUGAGUGGUCAGCACGUAGCUCCCAUAAAGCGCCGAAUCCUGUCCGAAGUUGUAAACUUAACGAUCAAGAGGCGACCGUGCAGUCUAUUGUCUCUGGAAGGCCCAGCAGCAACUUCUGGGAGGAACAAAAGAAAAAUCCACUGCCCGCCACACAAAUGAGCAAUGUACAUCGUCACAUAGGGACAGCAGCGCGUCAUCAGCAGAUUUGCCAUUCGACCAGUUGCAGUUCAGCUACAUUGAGUUCGUCCUCCACCUGGUAUAAUAGCUCCAAUACAGCGACGGUCCCCGCUAAGCGACCACGCAAGAAUCAACAGAAUCAAGAUGCAACUACCGGACUAGUUAUCACUGGAACAGAGCAAUCUACAAUUCCAGCUGCACCGCGUGCCGAUGACAUUGUGCCCAGUUUUGAUACCUAUGUGACUAAUGAGCUUACCCAUGUAUCCGGUCUGCUUCAUACCGAAAUGCGAGAAGUUCAGAAUGCCAUCGAUUCGGAUGCAACGGAAUCUAGCUCGGGCGGCGAAUCAGCCGAUGAAAUGGUCACCUAUAAUAAUCCACAUCAGCAGUCCCUACCAAUAACGAGACGAGCAGUUUGGAGGUAUUCCCGAGAUCGAGCUGCAAUUGCGCUGCGAUGGUCAUGGCUGUAUGCGCAGCUGGCUGAUUUGGAUAUGAAGAUACGACAGCAUAGCGAUCUUUAUAUUGACCUUAAUCAGAACAAAGGUGAAGUACAAUUGGCACCAACUCCAAUUACCCAGAAAAAUCAAACAUCUCCAGCGGCGAAUGGGUAUAAGGAGGAUGCUGCCGCCUCAGGAUCAGAUUGGCUAUGCAGUCGAGCCCGGCCGUUGGUGUUGUCUGAGUUUCGUAAGAGGAAACUGUUCCAGACAACCAAUAUGCAUACGAUAUCCAAAAAGGCGGCCAGACCAAGCAAUAUUAAAUGCGGUUGCCAAUGGCCACAGGUGCCAUGCACAUUAUGCACAGGACGAACGGAUCCGACGGCCCCGCGCGAAUUGGUCGAGACAAUGAUGCCGCAGAAUCGAGUAGCUCUUGUGGAUGCUGGUUACCAUCCUGUACUCAGUUUUUCUGAUGAUAUAUGCCAAUCGGUCCACUUGGAGGCCAUCGCCCGACAGCCGGAUUGGCAAUAUCGUGUCAUGCGUUGCCAACCAAAGGCCAUUGUUAAGAGCAUGUGGAAGGCAGAACGCGAGAUGUUGGCCAGAAUUGGAGGUGGUGGCAAUUCGGGUGCCAAUCGUCGACCCGGUGAAACAGGCAAGAGGCGAUAUGUUCGUCGUAAAGAGCGAAAUAAUAACUCAAAUAAGGAUACGACGGCAUCAUCAUCAUCAGCAGCAGCAGCAACAACGGCAGGAGGUGUCGGAGGAGGAGGGGCGGUGGACAGCGGAAAUGGUACUGGUACUGCUACUACUACUUCUUCUUCUACUACGCCUACUACAACGCCACUUGUGGCCAACACUCUUGGCAAGAAGCAGCGGCAUCACCCUAAUGUUCUGUCGGCCAGUGACACUCGCCAACGCCAUCACUACAACAGCAAUCAUCAGCAACAACAACCAUACUCAGUGAUCUCCAACAGCGGCAACGGCGCCAAAAAGCAACGAAAAUCCGCAUCUAGCAGUAAUUCCACACAGAAUCCAAACAACAAUAAUAACAGUCAGCAGCAAAAUGGUGAUAACAAAUGCAUAGGCGAGCAAUGGGAUCAGUCGCGUAAUCGUCGCCAUUCCUCACCCUCGCAUGUCCAUCGUAACGAAAGAUCCUCAGAAAGGCGUGUUCGACCUGUGUACGAUAUAGAUAAUAUUGUCAUACCCUAUAGUAUAGCCGCUCAAACACGAGUUGAGAUUUUACCCUACAAAGAAAUACCCACUCCCAAGUGGCGAAUUGUAGAUAGCGAGAAUAACGAUGUGAAGCAGUCGCCACAGCAGGAGUCAGAGGCGCCGAACGAAUCGGCUCCGGAGAAUACGAUGCUGAAUGGUAACUCCAAAAUAGAGGAAAAGAUGGAGAAACCAUUACCAAAGGUCAAUGGGAUGAGGCGAAAGAAUUCCUUACCGGAACCAGUGCCAGAAGUCAAGCACAAUAAUAACAACAACAAUAACAAUAAUAAUAAACUGGUCAAUGGUAAUGCAAAAAAGGAAAAGGGUAAAACCAAGGAGGACAUACGAUGUACGACGAAAAAUGCCGGAAAAAUGACUAUUAACGGAGUAGUAGGUUCAGCAAAAGCUGAAAUUAAAUUAACCAAUAAUAAAGUGGAAACUGCAAAACAGAAAACACUGGAAACAACCUCAGUAAAAGAAGAGAAGGAGUCGGAGUCACUGUCUAAGCGGCCCAAGUUAGAGCUGAAUAAAUCCAAAGCAGCAGUAUCGGAGCAACGGAGUGAGCAUCAAGUUCAGGAGAAGAACGGUCAAAAAGACAACGAUCAUAAGAAGGAUGAGGAAAAGGAAGCCCAAAAUGAUGAUGAAGACGAUGAAGAAGAAGAUACAUCCGAUGAAGCGUACAUUGUACGGCAUGAUCAUGCGCUGAUGGAAGAACGACGUCGCUUUGAGACGUAUCUUAAAUUUCCAUGGAACUCACGUUCUCGGGCAAAUCGAAGGACCGAUAGUCGCGCGGAGUCCAGUGGAGCGAAUACUCCAGAUCCUGCCUCGCCAGCUCCCAAUUUUGUCAGCGGCAGUGGAGCCCCAGGUGAUGAAAGUAUACCGUCCCCGCUUGCUCAACCAAUGGGAGGCCAUCCGCUGGAUGGAUUUAACGAAAGCACCGAUAUGAUGAACAACAUUGCCCGAAAACCACGUAGGCGCACAACUUCCAGCAAACUGAGAGAGCAACAGGAUCGGCGCAGUGCUACACCCGACACAAGAGAACCUCAGCCGCCUUCCCGUUUCGCGCCACUACACUUUCCACUCUCAGAAGAAGUCUACCAGCGAAUGCUAGCGGAGACGUAUGCGGAACCUAAACGGGUAACCCACUUUAAGCGGGCCAAAAGCAAGUCAGUAUCGUCUAAUUGUGACGGUAGCUCAACGGCUGGUGGGAGCAGCCGUCGCAGCAGUAAGGCCAAAUCCGCGCCUAUGGUCAGCAAAAUAACACAAUCACAGAUGGUAAACGGUAAUGAUGCGCAACAUCAAACGGCGGAUGCAAAUGGUAUAAAUGAAGAAGACGACGGCAUCGAUUAUGAACCAGAGGAUGAUAUCAUGCUGGAGGAAGAAGAUGACGAUGAUUAUCCUAAACACCAUUUGGCCCCAUUUGAUGAACCAUUGCCACUGGACCAGGAUGUGUACAUUGAUGCCUACCUUAGUGAUCAAGAUGCCCUAGAAAAAGAUCUGGGACUGGCCGAUGAUCCAUUUAUGGAGGAUGAUCCCAAUGAUCCCGAAUGGAAGGGCAGUCCCCUGGAUCGUCGUGAGCGGGUGCGCAAGCGCUUCUAGAUAUAAUAUGAAAUAGAAUCCAAAGUAAAUUCAUUUCGCUUCUCUUUUUUUAAUAUUUCGGUAAUUUUAAAUGCAACACAGAGCAGAAGAUAAUAAUUUUAACUUUGUUUUAAACGAUUUGUUUUCUUUGUUGAUACGAAUUCUGAAAUAGUCGAGAGAAUUGGGAUAUUCCCAAUUAGCAAUACUUCUAAGUUAUUUAGUUUUACAUCUACACACACAGACACAUACACACACCAACAUCAACACCAACACCAACAUUCUUACACACCCAUACAGAAACUCGUAAAUAAUUCGAUGUAAAUAGGCGAUAUAAAUGUAAAUCGAUGGUUAAUAUUAGAGAUUAUCAAGUAAUACAGAUAACUAACACAAACAGA